UGUGUAUGUAUAUAUGUGAAACCUUGUUGAUGACUGAGGUGAUCAUUUACUAUGUUUUUGGAGAAGCAAGAAUGAAGAUAUAUUUGUGCCAUCACAUUGCAAGUCACAGUUUAGAGAUUGACAUUUUUCUAAAUUGCGAACAAAAUGUUCGGUCUUUAAGCUAUAGCUUCCUUAGUAAAUGAAAAUAUAUAUAUAUAUUAAAAAAAAAGAAACAACAACAACGUGGCCAAAUUUGACCCCCACAUAUUUUCCAUGGUUUAAAAAAUACAGCAAAUCUCUCAAAAAUUCAAAGAUUUUGAAAGCUUUUAAAACUUGGGAUUUAUUUUGAUUUUUUUUUUUUAUCUAACUAGCUAGUUUUCUGUCAUCAAAAUUGUGUUUUUAUUUUAUUUUAUUUUAUUUUAUUUUAUUUUAUUUUAUUUUAUUUUAUUUUAUUUUAUUUUAUUUUAUUUUAUUUUAUUUUAUCUGUUGCCCCUUCUUUAUUCUCGUGUUCUUCUGCAUGGCUAUGAAGUUUUGUCAAUAAAGUUUUGGGGAAAAAAACGUCGUGACGUUCUUCCAAGUGAACACUACCCCCGGCAGUGGAUGCUUCCAAAAUGGCGGCGGUUCCUGUCGGAGUACAUUGAAACUUUCAAACAUUUCUGUCGUUUUCUCGACCGUCCGUUGUAUGUUGAGUGCACAAAACCUGUUUUAAAACACGGGUGAACAGGAAUCGAAGACGAGGACUUCGGAAAGACUCAACUGGACCAGCUUUCUGGACCUUGGGAUUCGUUUUAAUUGGCAGCUCGUUAGGAUUUUUGACAGCCGUCUGUCGGAGCCGGACUGCCACCUUUUUAGGUGGGACAUUGGUCAGGUAGUUGAGGGCCAACUCCGGUGGUGAUCGGAUACAGAAGAGGUUCGGGUCAAUUCCACACAAAUUCGUCCAUACCGCUAUCCUGUGAAUCACAUGGAGAAGCUCCAAGACCUGAGCCAGUCAGAGCUGGAGGAGCUGUUGGACAACCCAGAGAGGGUGGAGUCAAUGGCCUUGGAGUCUGACGAGAUCCAGAACAUUCAGCUGGAGAGGGAGAUGGCGCUGGCAUCCAAUCGCAGCCUGGCUGAACAAAAUCUGGAUUUUAGACCUCGUUUGGAGUCACAGAAGGAGCUGCUAGUGGCCAGAUACUCCAAACUGGAGGCCUUCAGAGAAGCCUACAGACAACACUGCUCCCAGAGAGAUGGUAUGGUGGGGAAGGUGUCUCCUGAAGCUAUGCUGUCCAGACUACAGACAGGGAGCAGUAGAACAGAAAUGGAGUCAGAGGCUCUGGCGGAUGAGUUUCUGGAGGGUUCCCUGUCCUUAGACUCCUUCCUCGACCGCUUUCUCUCGCUGCGCUCGCUCGCUCACCAACGGCGCGUUCGAAUAGAAAAACUCCAGGAAAUUCUUCGACAGAAGAACCAAGCUAAUUCCUUUGAGAUGAAACCACCCGUAGACAUCAGUCAAAGCAGCACCACCACACCAUGGAAUCAGCAAUCGACCGUAACGACAACAGCCCAUCAUCAACAGGAGCCCAACUCUCCACCACAGCCUCAUCCGGCCGCCUCUUCUGGCUCUGAUGGCCUGCCCUACAGCCCGUACCCCGUCCCUCCAACAAACCCCCCGCCUGUAGUGCCAGCAGCCGGUCCAAUCCCAAACAACUCUACCUCUGGGUUUGCUCCAUAUGCAGGAGCAGGAUCCCCCUUUACCCCUACGGGGAGUUAUCCGGCUCCUCGGGCUGCGUUUGGGCCUCCCACUGCAGUCACUUGUCCUUAUCCAGCACAGCCAUCCUUCCCAACCCCCCAUCCUGGGUCGGCGUUUGGCCAGUACACUCCCAACAACCCCCACAGUGCCCCUUCUACAUAUCCAGGAUCAUACAUCUACGGGGGCUACUGCUACCCCUCUGGGCCCCCUUAUCCCAGCUCUCAGUCUUCACCUGGGAAGCCCGUACACAGACCAGGAUACAGAGUCCCUCAGCCAUACUCCUGAAGGCACGGCCACCGCUGUCCUCCUCCUUUAUACUCUCUGCUUAACCUUGUUGCACUAUUUCUGUCUCUUAUUUUCACUCCCGUCUUUUCCCCCUCCAGAUGAAUCAACUUGACUGCCCCAAACUAGUCUCAGGUUGUCGCGUUGUGCUGAAGUGUUACACACUUGUAUUGACUCUCCAUAGUUUGUGCUGCUGUGUUUCAAUCACAAAGUCAACACGAACACAAAAAUGCACUCUACCCUCUGAUAAGUACAGUCUGUAACCAGCUGAAUCAGCUGUUCAGAAUCCCUGAACAUCUUUUCUUGUUAGUUUUGUUUCUUCAUUUUCACCAUGGGAGGUGUUUGCACAACCCCUAGUGGACAGAAGCUGUAACUUUAAAAGCGAGCUACACUUAAGUUUUGUUAACCAAAGAUACUUCAUUUGUUAACAGUCUGUUUCAAUGUUGAUGAAAUGCUGACAAGGUGAGCUAUCUGCAGCUUCUCCUCAAACGCUACACUUCAUUUUUAUCACGCAUACUGUCAAGAAGCUCAUGAGGGAAACAGCAAAGACAUUUCAGUCGUCCUCUUUUUAGUGGAGCGGAUGCUCAUCAGCAGGGCCAAACUACAAACGUGUGUUCGUCCCACCCUGAAGGAAUCCUGAACGGGGCUCAUGAAUACCAACAUUAGUUGAACUUUUUUUAAUAUGGUGUUCAAUAAUUGAAAACGUCAAAAACUACAUUUAGUGUGAGACUGAGACUGUCAUCUGAAUAAAGUUCUACCAGACAUUGAU